AUGGUGAUAACCGAUUCCGUCGCGGGGCCAGCGACUCACAGUCAACCUUCACGCAAAGGCAAGAAAGCGUGGCGAAAAAAUGUCGACAUCACCCAAAUUGAAGACGGACUCAAUGUUGUCCGCGACGAAAUUAUCCGAGGCGGUGUCGUGUCUGAGAAAACUGCGGAUCAGCUCUUCGCGACCGACGUUGUAGGAGAUGCCGAGAUCGAAAAGCAACUCCGUGGCAAGAAGCUACUGCGAGCCGACGAGAUUCUCGCGCAACGCUCAGCUGUAGCUGGCCUGGACGGCAGGAAGCGUAAAGCGGAGCUGGAGGUUGUGCCCACACUAGGAAAGAAACAGAAGAAUGGGCAAUACAUAUCACAUAAGGAUUUACAGAGACUACGGCGCAUCGCAGAUAACCGUAUAUCGCUGGAAGGCGAAGCUGCUACACAUGAUCCUUGGGCACAAACCGCGGACCCAGCUGUACGCCCCGAACUCGAUUUCCUAGAGCCACCAAAGCCGAUCGUGGCACCUAAAACCCUCGCACACGCUCCCAUACCUUUGACAGCCAGCGGGAAAGCCGUCGCAAGUGUUCAAAAGCCGGAGGGAGGCAGGUCAUACAACCCGCUGGUUGGUGAUUGGUCAGCAUUGCUACAGAAAGAAGGUGAAGCAGCGGUCGCAGCGGAGAAAGAUCGUCUAGCACUUGAAGCCGCAGAGGCAGAACGAGAAGCUCGACUAGAGGCCGAAGCUGCGAAGGUAGACGCGCAGGAAAGAGACGCCGAUCAGUACGCAACCGACUAUGACAGCGAAUGGGACGGUAUACAAUCUGAAGGCGAGCGGGAAGUGUUCACAGCGAAACCCCGACCACGAAAGACAACCCAGGAACGCAACAAGGUCAAAGCACGCAAGGAGCGUGAAGCAAAAGAGAAAUGGGAGCGGAACCAGCGCAUUCGCGACGCAGAGCAAAACCGCAUCAAGCAAAUCGCCAAAGAAGUCUCUGCUCGUGACAAAGUUCAACGACCAGGCACUCUGAUCCGGACCACCUCCAACGGCUCCGAUUCUGACUCGGAUGCCCCUGACGUUUCUUUGCCUCGCCGUCGCUUCGGUAAAAUUGACGUCCCCGACGCUCCGCUCGAGGUUGUGUUGCCCGAAGAUCUCCAGGACUCCUUGCGAAGGUUAAAGCCGGAGGGCAAUCUCCUUACGGAUCGAUAUAGAAACCUGCUCAUCAAUGGCAAGGUCGAGGUCAGGAAAAAGCUGGGCCAGCAGAAGAAGAAGCAGACGUACGCGAGGGAGAAGUGGACGUACAAGGACUUCAAAUUGAAGUAG